ACGCCGGUGUUCAGACUCUCGCAAGACAACGAGUUUGUGUAUGUUCACAUUGUGCUCAAGUCGAUCAAGUUUGAUGAGGUCGACUACUACAUCGGAAUGUACGAGUUCAAGUCUUUGUCAAGCCGUACUUUCUCCGGCUGCACUUUAAGCAGCCGCUGCAAGACUCGAUGGAGGACGCCAAGUCGGUGUACAACGACGACACGCGCGAGCUGACCGUUCAUCUGCCAAAGCUCAACCACGGCGAGUUCUUCCCGGAUCUCAACAUGCUCACCGCGCUUAUGACUCCCAAGCAGGCCAAGACCAAGCCUGCCCGCCCGGUCAUUGAGGUCCUCUCGUCCACGCCGGCUGUAGGCGGCGACAUCGACUCGGACGACGACUCGGCGACGGCUCGGACGACGGCGAGGGGCCGAGCGGCCCUGCUGCCACCCGCACUGGUGACAAUGUCCCGCGCUCGAGCGAGCUACUGGACAUGGAGGUCGCUGGCCCGACUCCGCCGUCGGAGCUGCUGGCCGCCGCCGGUGAGGUCGACUGGUCGUUCCCAGCCCGGAGGGUGGAGGCCGACGGCUCGGCAGCCGACGCGCUGCUCGGACGGGUCCGCUACGGCUUCAAUAACGCGCACGCCGAGUUCUUUGCGCCGCUCAUGGAAGAGCUUCCGCUGAUCCUCGACUCGCCUGCGCCAGACUCGCUCACUGUGGAGCAGCGGCGCGCCGCCAUGCGCGAGCGUGAGGCCGGCGAUUUUGACUCGGAGCACUACAUGGCCGAGUACGCCGAGCCCGAGGCCAUCGACGAGCUGCUCGGCGAGCACGCACCGGUUCCGUGGUGGGCCGAAGCAUACCAGACGUUGCGGGAGUGGGCUGCCGCCCCCGAGCACGCCGCCGCCUUUGCCGACUUUGCCACCUCUUUCACCCCGCGCCUCGCGUUCCCGGUUCCCACGCCCGGCCUAGCGUCGCCGGUCCCAGCCACUGUCAUCGAGCUCGACACGGACGAGCGCGACGAGUUGAUGGCGCUGCCGGCAAAGGAGCACCUCGUCGACGAACCGACCCGCGAGCUCAACGGACUACUCGAGAUCCUUGCCGCCUACGCAUACGACAUGCGGAUGACCGGCGGGGAGCACAAUGUCGAGUCUGCGUGGACGGUGGCUAAGCUGAAUGGGCUCACGUCAUGGCUGACAGUUCCACACUCUCCGCGCGAGGCCCUGCUCUCAGUCAUGCGCCGCUCGCUCGUCUAUCCGCUCUACCGCUCAUGGAAGCUCGCAUCGCGCAUCCGCCGCGACGCGCUCAUGAUCGCUUGCACCGGCCGCAUGGGUGUCCUCAAGGCUCUCCUCGACAUCCACAAGCUCUUCAAGCUCUCCGAGGACAAGUACUACUUUAACGAGCUGUACAUCGAGGACUACUGCGUGUGGAUCCAGUCGCUCUCCGACGCCACCUACCUUGCUUGGCUCGCCUCGUCCCUCACCGCGCCCAAGAUCUCCAAGGCUGACCUCGGUGCCGACCUCGACAUCCCGUUUUGGGAGGCCGCCGCCGACGAUCGACUUGCUGGCGAGUUGUAGUCAGACCUAUCCCCCCCCCCCC